CAUAACAACCAUCUACGCACCAGAAGAAGACACCCUGACCCAGGACCUUAAACGUUAGGACCUGGGGAAGAGGAAAGGGAAAGGAGGACAGAAAAAGGAAGACUUGAGAGAACGCUGCAAAGCAAAGCACCCGAAACUUUCCACCCUGGAUUCUCUACUUUUGCUCCAUGGACAGAGCCCCAGCCAGCCAAGUUUCAGACAGACCGUGAGCAGUCCCAGUGCAUUUUAUUGCGACCUGCCGGUGGGAACUUUGUCUCCGAGUCGGAGCAGCAUGGAGCGGCGGAGCGAGAGCCCGUGUCUGCGGGACAGCCCCGACCGGCGGAGCGGCAGCCCAGACGUCAAGGGGCCUCCCCCGGUGAAGGUGGCCCGACUGGAGCAGAACGGCAGCCCCAUGGGAGCCCGCGGGAGGCCCAACGGCGCGGUGGCCAAGGCCGUGGGAGGUUUGAUGAUUCCUGUCUUUUGUGUGGUGGAGCAGUUGGAUGGCUCUCUUGAAUAUGACAACAGAGAAGAACAUGCUGAGUUUGUCUUGGUGAGGAAAGAUGUGCUUUUCAGCCAGCUGGUGGAGACGGCACUCCUGGCCCUGGGGUAUUCCCACAGCUCUGCAGCUCAAGCCCAAGGAAUAAUCAAGCUGGGGAGGUGGAACCCUCUCCCCCUCAGUUAUGUGACAGAUGCACCCGAUGCGACAGUGGCCGACAUGCUACAAGAUGUCUAUCAUGUGGUGACGUUGAAAAUUCAAUUACAAAGUUGUUCAAAGUUGGAAGACUUGCCUGCGGAGCAGUGGAACCAUGCCACAGUCCGCAAUGCCUUAAAGGAACUGCUCAAAGAGAUGAACCAGAGCACAUUAGCCAAAGAAUGCCCUCUCUCCCAGAGUAUGAUUUCAUCCAUUGUAAAUAGCACAUAUUAUGCCAAUGUGUCAGCAACUAAGUGCCAGGAGUUUGGGAGAUGGUAUAAAAAAUAUAAGAAGAUUAAAGUGGAAAGAGUGGAGCGAGAGAACCUUUCAGACUAUUGUGUUCUGGGCCAGCGUCCAAUGCAUUUACCAAAUAUGAACCAGCUGGCCACUCUGGGGAAAACCAACGAACAGUCUCCUCAUAGCCAAAUCCACCACAGUACUCCAAUCCGAAACCAAGUGCCCGCAUUACAGCCCAUCAUGAGCCCUGGUCUUCUUUCUCCCCAGCUUAGUCCACAACUUGUUAGGCAACAAAUAGCCAUGGCCCAUCUGAUAAACCAACAGAUUGCCGUUAGCCGGCUCCUGGCUCACCAGCAUCCUCAAGCCAUCAACCAGCAGUUCUUGAACCAUCCACCCAUUCCCAGAGCAGUUAAACCAGAGCCAACCAACUCCUCCGUGGAAGUCUCUCCAGAUAUCUACCAGCAAGUCAGAGAUGAGCUCAAAAGGGCCAGCGUGUCUCAAGCUGUUUUUGCGAGAGUGGCAUUCAACCGUACACAGGGAUUGUUGUCUGAGAUUCUGCGAAAGGAAGAAGACCCUCGGACAGCCUCUCAGUCUCUUUUGGUAAACCUGAGGGCCAUGCAGAAUUUCCUCAACCUGCCGGAAGUGGAGCGGGAUCGAAUUUAUCAGGAUGAGCGAGAACGAAGCAUGAACCCCAAUGUGAGCAUGGUCUCCUCCGCCUCGAGCAGCCCCAGUUCCUCCCGAACCCCUCAGGCCAAAACCUCGACACCGACAACAGACCUCCCUAUUAAGGUGGACGGCGCCAACGUCAACAUCACAGCUGCCAUUUAUGACGAGAUCCAACAGGAGAUGAAAAGGGCCAAGGUGUCUCAAGCCCUGUUUGCCAAAGUGGCUGCAAAUAAAAGUCAGGGCUGGCUCUGUGAACUUCUCCGCUGGAAAGAAAACCCAAGUCCAGAAAACCGAACCCUCUGGGAGAACCUCUGCACCAUUCGUCGCUUCCUGAACCUCCCCCAGCACGAACGGGAUGUGAUCUAUGAGGAAGAGUCCCGACAUCACCACAGUGAGCGCAUGCAGCAUGUGGUCCAGCUUCCACCUGAGCCGGUGCAGGUCCUCCACAGACAGCAGUCGCAGCCCGCCAAGGAGAGCUCCCCGCCCAGGGAGGAGGCGCCGCCGCCGCCGCCGCCCGCCGAAGACAGCUGUGCCAAGAAGCCCCGCUCCCGCACCAAGAUCUCCCUGGAGGCCCUGGGCAUCCUGCAGAGCUUCAUCCACGACGUGGGCCUCUACCCCGACCAGGAGGCCAUCCACACGCUCUCGGCGCAGCUGGACCUCCCCAAACACACCAUCAUCAAGUUCUUCCAGAACCAGCGGUACCACGUGAAGCACCACGGCAAGCUGAAGGAGCACCUGGGCUCUGCCGUGGACGUGGCCGAGUACAAGGACGAGGAGCUGCUGACCGAGUCCGAGGAGAACGACAGCGAGGAGGGCUCGGAGGAGAUGUACAAAGUGGAGGCCGAGGAGGAGAGCGCCGAGAAGAGCAAGGCCCCGCCGGCCGAGAGCGACCAGAGAUAAUGUCAGCCUCCCCCCAGGCAAAGCAAUACAUUGGGUCCAAGGAUUUUUCUGUUUUCCUUUCUUUCGUUAAACAAAUUUUUUGGCUUUAUUUUUUUUUAAAUGUCUAUUUUAUUUUUUUUUCUUAUCUUUAUGACAUUUCUCUGUUGCACAGGAUAUACCUACAGACUGAAUCAGUUCAGUAUUUCUGAAUCAGAUAUCACCUUGGCAAAGACACCAAGUGUUAUACUUUUACAAUCGACUGGACCGUCGUAAUUAUAACCACAGGAGACUCUGCCUUCAUUAUCCUUGCACUUACGGAAGAGACAUCAAGCAAAUUCCAGGAUAGAAAGACCAGCGAAAUAAAUGAAGGAAGCGACAAGUGUGUGUGUAUAUGUAUAUGUAUAUAUCUCUAUAUUUACAUAUAUAUAUUAAAGUUGCAUGGGACAGAGAACUUUGCAAUCCGAAAGAAUAGACUGUGAAAUGAGUUCUUAAAGAAAAGACUUGUUUAUGUAUUAAAACACCACUUCACAGUGAGUUGCUUUGGCUUUUUGAUAAACUGCGGCCUGCUCUCAGGGUGGGGUGACUAUUUUUGAAUUCCUAUUUAUUUUUGUGUUUGUCCCUGAAUUUUUUUUUUUAAUUCUAUGGCUUCCUAUCUGGCAGCUUAAUGGGUAAUUUUUGAGGUAUGUAUUUAACAAAAUAAAUCAACACUGCCAAAACAGAGAAAAAGAGAGAGAGAGAGAGAGAGAAGGGAAGGGAAGGGAGAAGAAAGUAAAGUAAAAAAAAAUUAGGGUGUGAUAAAAUGGUACAAGUAAAAUUACUCUUAAAGACACAGUGCAUACUUAAAAUGACUCAAUAAAAAUGACUUGAUAUGUUCCAUUAUUCAGUUUGUCAGGACUGUCAUGAACAGAUACAUUUCUGUGGAAUUCCAAAUAAGGCUGAAAUUCAGUAUGGAAAACCUUAUCCAUUAGUGCAGUCUUGAUCAAUGGCAUUUUGAUGUUGGACAUACGGAAUUCAUAUUAUGAGCCACGUUUUGUUGUGAAAUUUAUUUACCUGCCUGUGGCUGCAGAUCUUACAGUUAUUAAGCCUGCUCAUUUAAAAAGUUGUUCGUUGUUGCUGUUUUUGUUUUUUGUUUUUAAUAGAAAAUAGUUCAAUGUAAUGUUAAGUUAGAAAAGAAAUUGCUGCCCAGGUAAAGGGCCUCCCUCUCAAAUAAGUCUCCCUCCUUCUCUCUCCCCACACAUUUCUUGUUUCUACUUCACUUUCAACUUCCUCUUCUUUAUAAUACACAUUCCAUCCACCUUAGCCAAACAUUUCCAGUCCCUUUCCCUGAUCCAUAGCCCUAACCAGAACCUGUUUUUGAGUCAUGGUGCAGCUUCAGGCAAUAGGGUAAGUGAAGCGAUUCCAGUAGAAUCACCUACUCGUCAUAAAAGGAAAUAGUGUCCCAGUUCCCCACAUAGCAAUUCUCUUACGUGCAGCAGAACUAAUGCCAACUGGCUGUUUAGUGGAAUGAGCAUUAAAGCUGAAGUCUCCUCUAGCUUUCCAGAUUGCCGUCAGCUUCUGAUCAGAAAUACCAGUAGUGUUACUUUCCACUUCUACUUACAGUAAUUGCAAGAGGAGACUUCCCCUUUUGGACUAGCCUCAAGAACCUCCUCUAGGCUUGGAAAUGGCCCCUCGGCAGUCCCGUAUGGUUGAAUUAUUAUUUUUUUUUAUUUCUCAAGUUGUGUUCUCAUGCAACCUUGUCAAAGACCUCAUGCAAUAUCACUUUGAAAGUUAUUUUCUGUUUACUUCACGAACAUUGUAAUAUAACUGUUAAUACUAUUUAUAUAUUUGAAAGGUUUAAAAGGUAGGAGUUAAAAAACAAAAAAAGCAAAACUUCUAUGUGUAGAUAUGGACUCAGAAUUUACACUAUACAGGGAGAAGACAUGUUGCAAUACAAGCUAAUUCUAGCUGCUCAGUAACCUCUGGAGUUUUUAAAGGGACAUUUUCCUGUACUUUUUCAAAAAAUGAUGUUUAAAAAAAAUUAUCUUGACAUUGACAUGAGCAUCAUGUAUCUUUGCAAAAGGAUGGCCGUUGGCAUUUCAGCCCUGGGCCCAUCCUUCCUUUUUCUGAAGAAUGCUGCAGCUUUAAACAGAAAGUCCAUGGUUGCUGCUUCCUGAUCUCCGAGUUACUCUUUCCAAAUUGUCUUCUGACACUGUUGCUGAAGGUCACUCUGUGUACAUCUAGACACCAUUUUUGCCAAGCUCUCACAAGGUGGUUCAUUGAUGGAUGGCAUCCGCAUUUGGUAUCUUUUACACUUCAACCAAAAAUUUAUUAGGUAUUUUUCAAUGCUAAGUCUUGCCUUUUAUUUUUUAAUUUCACUGCCAAGUCUGCAGUGGUUCUAAGUGAAUCUGUGGGCAUUUUAGCCUGUGGUCUUGCCAGAUCUUUGCGAAUUACAAUGCAUAUAUGUCUAUUUAUUCAAUAUCUGUCAUAUAAUAUCUAUUUGGAAGAAGAAACUUUCUCUUGUAGUGCCUCUUGACAAAGCACAAUUUCCCGCCUUUUUUUUGUGAAAUGAAAAAAAAAAACAAAUUGUGUUUUAUUGCAGUAUCAACAAUGUGAAUAAGGAUUAACAUAUUGUAAAUGUUCUUUUUUCCAUGUAAAUCAACUAUCUUUGUUAUCACUAAGUGAUAAUUAAUUUUUAACUUAUGUGCAUUGUUAGGCUGUUAGAAUUUUUUGGUUGUUAAAAUAAAACGCAUUCAAUAAAUCUGA